AUGUCUCAAAAGGUAGGACAUACUGGUUUGGCAUUUGCCAGGAUGUGGCAUCAUGUUGAUAUAUCCAAGGACAAGAGAACGCUUGGUAGGGUGGCAUCUCAGGUUGCUCUAGCGUUAAUGGGGAAGCACAAGCCAGUGUAUCAUCCAUCUGCUGAUUGCGGUGAUUAUGUUGUGGUAACGAACUGCCAAGCUUUGCGUGUGACGGGGAACAAGAUGACCCAAAAGACGUACUGGUCGCAUACUUCUAGACCAGGUUCAUUAAAGUUGACUACAAUGGAAGACAUGAUCAGUAACAAGGGUUACAGUGAAGUUUUGAAGAAGGCUGUGUCCGGAAUGCUUCCCAAGAAUAAACUUCGUAAGAUCAGACUUGCUAGAUUAAAAAUUUUCGAUGGAAGUGAACAUCCAUACAAGAGUAAUAUCACCGCAUUUGCUGAUCAGCAACUAGAGCUGCAACACCAGAAGAAAUAG